AUGUUUAAACUAGGUUCCGUUUUCCAACGAACCAAAAAAGCUGCUUCAAGUGAGAUUGAGGUGACGUGCGCCAGUCAUUUUGCUAAAUAUAAAAAAAAGGCGGAAGAAAGAAAGUCCACUGACUGUUUUGUUGUUACGCACUGCUACUGUUGUGGUUCACCAUUAAAACACCCAGAGAACGUUGAAAAGUUGAAAUGUAUAAGGUGUCACAGCACCGUUGAACUAAGGCCCCGUUCCACGGUACAAACAGCAGCUACAGUAGGAACUUCAUUGUACACUUUUGAGGAAUUUCACAAUCUAGUUGACGUUUGCAACGCCCGUUACUCAAAUGAGUGCUGCAAUCUGGGUGCGAAGAAUAAGAAGGAUCAACUACAUGACAUUUUCCGACCAAUUGAGGACUUCGUGGAGAAAAUGUUUGCUAGUGUGGAGCGAUUGAAUUAUUUCUGCAUGUGUACCACUAAUAAAUCCAAGGUCUUCGAUUCAAGUGUCGUUUCCACUUUCUAUAACAUGAUUAUUAAUCUACCUACCAGCAGGCCACUGUACAAAUUACUAGUCUGUAGUAAUGAGCGUCUUAAAAGACCAAAAAUCGAUCUCCGAUGCUGUGAGCGUACCUCAAGCUUUUUAAACUUCCGUUGGGUUCUAAUGAUUAUGGAAAUGCCACUUUUGCGGGAAAGUCUAUUGAUUUUUGACUCUAAAAAGAUGUUAUCCCCGCAUAUGCGAGCAAUUCUUUACGACGUACUGAAGCGAUGUAUUGGAUACAUGUCGUCACUCGAUGGCACUUCGGCGAAAGAGUUUGUGCGGCAUCUGCAAGGAAUGAGUGCGCCUCAUUUCGUGUCUCACGUCGACCUGCUGAAUAUUUAUCUUACAUUCCACUUUUCGAGGAUUAUGCGUAAGAAAUUUCAGGAAGAUGCUUGCCAGGGAAGCCCCGAUUUGGAAGAAUUUUGCUCAGACAUUAAGUUAAACCCAAAGAAAACCAGUAAUGAUUUAGAGAUAAUUUCUCGCAUGGUCAGUAAAAUUUGGAAAAGUGAUGGACACGCUAAAACGGAUUUGCCCCAUACUUUCAAAUUUGACAUCCUUGACUACGGAAACGACUGGCAUAUCAAAACGGUCGCAAAACUGUCAUUUUUUUACUAUACUGCAAACCAGUGCAAAUGGAAAUGCCCAGUUUCCCGUUUUUAUAAUGUGUUGUCGGACUAUUUGGACUACAAAAAAGACUAUGAUGAAUGUGGGAGAAACUGGAAGUGUAGAGAUUUCACCUCACCACAGGCUUUGACCAAAGCAACAGAAAAUAUGGUAUUAAUACCUUAUUAUCCUUUGACAGGCCAAAGCUCUAUCGCUCAAUUUGCGAUGUGUCAAUAUCCGUACUUGUUAUCUCUUGGCAUCAAAAUAUCUAUAAUGGAGCGCGAGAUUAGGAAAGUUAUGGAGCACAGUGCCGAACAAGCAUUCCUCAAAGCUUUAGACAAGAAGCAAGUUAUUGAAGUUUACCUGAGGAUCCGAAUUCGCCGCAGUAACGUUGCUCAAGAUUCUCUCCAUUGUAUUGAGGCUCAUCGGUCGGACUUGCAAAAGUCUCUAAGAGUAGAAUUUGUCAAUGAACCAGGCAUUGACGCCGGCGGCCUCCGUAAGGAGUGGUUUUCUUUGCUAAUCAAGGAAUUAAUUAGUUCAGACAAUGGGCUUUUUGUCGUGGUGGAUGAAAGUAGAUUUUCAUGGUUCAAUGUGGCACAUGGAGGCACGGAGGGUGCCAGUGGUGAUAAUUUGAAGCUGAAUUAUUUAUUCGGAAUAGUCCUUGGCUUGGCAAUAUACAAUGGAACAAUUCUAGAUGUUUGCUUUCCCAUGGCACUGUACAAAAAGCUGUGCGGCGCACCCAUUAACCGUGCAGACUUUCUGGAGCUCUAUCCAGUCACAGGAAAGAAUCUGAUCAAGAUGAUGGAGUACGAGGGUGCUGAUUUUGAAGGGGUUUUCAGCUUGAACUUUGAAAUCACAUAUUUGAAUGUCUUGGGUUCCGGGGUUUGCCGUGAAGAACUUUGUGACGGUGGUACCACCAAACAGGUAACAAUGGAAAAUCGAAGCGAAUAUGUGAGACUCUGGAUUGAUUUCUAUAUGAACAAAUCAAUCGCUCCUAUGUUUGAAGCGUUUGCAAACGGAUUCUACAAAGUUGUUAAAAGCGAUGCAUUCCGUUUGUUCAGCGCUGAAGAGGUUGAGCAGCUAUUAUGCGGAAGUCAUGAGACGAACAUCGACGUGGACACUUUGAAAAGCGUGACCAAGUACGGAGCAGGAUUCUCACAGGCAUCAAGAGUGAUCGAUUGGUUUUGGAGCAUCUUCGAUCGAUUUAGCGCCGAACAAAAACGGAAACUUCUAGAGUUUGUAACUGGAUCUGACAGAAUACCUGCCACUGGUAUUUCCACCAUUCCAUUCAAAAUUACACGACUUGGAGGGGAUUCGGAUAGGCUCCCUUUAGCUCACACAUGCUUCAAUGAGCUCUGUAUUUAUGAUUACGGCGAUCGGAAUAAGUUGCAAGAGAAGCUAUCAUUAGCAAUGCAUGAAUCCGAAGGUUAUGGCUUUAAAUAA